GAUCUCCUGUUCGUUCCACCAGCAGCUGUGCGGAUCCUCACUCUCUUUGCUUUCUCCAGGCGCUGCCGUGCUGAGCUUUUUUUCGAUUUGUUUCACUAGCACAAGUUCUGUGUCAGUAGACUUUGACAGCACUACUAAAACUAACAGUACUACAAGCCGCGUGCACGACAUUUGUCAUGCUGAAGCCACAUUUCUGCUGCUGCUUGUGUUGCUACUCAUCCUCUUCAAAUGAGGGGGAGAGGGAAAGUUGUGCACUCUCAUAACAAAUCCGCGAUUAAGCAGGCGGACGUUGAGGGGAAGUUGAAGGAGAUGAAAACCACUUGCAACCCGGUGGUGGUGGACAAGUUGAAGGCUCUCAUCAAGGAGCAGCAGUGAAAAUAAAACGAUAGGGAAGAUGGAAAGGCAUCAAUUCGUGAACAACUGCUCAACUGUGCCUUUCACUUUGCACCGCGAGUGCGCCUUGUCAUCCUUCUCGAUACGUAGAAACAUCAAAACCUUCCGAGCGGGCAUUGAAACAAUUGAAACGGAGCCGCGCACGGCGAACCUUUGCGUAGGCAGAAGGUGUCGUGGGCUUCGCAUGGGGACGGGCGCGGUUUUGCUUCUUCUAGAGAGCAACCGGGAAAGUAGAUUCGAGUGAACAGCAAAUGCGUCCUUUCGUGUGUUCAUUCGCCACCUCGCACACAGCGAAGUGGUUUUUUUUUGGAGCACAGCAACAAGAUUAUAGCACUUCCUUAUGUCGAAGCAAGUUGAGCUUUUGGUUUUGUGCAGACUGUUUGUGAAUAGUCAGACUUUUCCCGCCUUUUG